GAGAAAUCCACACCUGUCGAUUUGGUGACCAAAUACGACCGACAAGUGGAAGAACUUGUCCUGAAGCGGCUGAGGACCGCUGCACCCGAGUUCCGUGUCCUUGCCGAAGAGACGGCCAAUAGCGAGGCAUUGACAGAUGCGCCUACAUGGAUCGUUGAUCCUAUCGACGGCACCACCAACUUUAUCCACCGACAGGCCGAGUGCUGUGUUCUUAUCGGUCUGGCCGUGCAGAAACGGGCGGUGCUUGGUGUUUGCUUCAUCCCGAAGUUGGAUGAGUUGUACACGGCUGUCAGGGGUCGUGGCGCAUACUGCAAUGGACGACGCAUCGUGUCUAGUGGCUGCAAGGACCUUACACGUGCGUUGGUCAAUUUGCACAUGCCUUCAUAUUCCCGCGGGCCCAAAGUGGUGGACCGAAUCUUGGGCAUCAGCCGCGACUUGUUGGCUCAUCCAAUCAGGGCCAUGCACUGCGGUGGCUCUGCGGGAGUUGAUAUGAUGCACGUGGCACGGGGCCGUCUGGACGUGUAUUUCGAGGUGGGCAUCUAUCCGUGGGAUGUUUGUGCUGGUCAAGUCAUCGUGGAAGAAGCUGGUGGCGUUUGCUGUGACACCCUUGGUGGCCCCUUUGACUUGGCCUCUCGCGUUUUGGCUAAGAAGCCAACAGUUGGUGACUUGUUGCUGAUUACACCAGUGGUGGAGAUGCAGAUGGUCAAGGGCACUCUAGGAGUCCCGGAGUCGGGAUUCUUGGCUGCGAGGUUUCUACAGCCCAUGAGGUUCUCCGUGUGGCUGAUUGCCUUCUGCCUCAGCAGAGCGGCACCAGUGCAAGAUGUCCCCUCUCAACCAUGGCCGGAGCCGUGCGUGACCACAGACAUAUCCUGGGUGAGCCCAGCCGCAACAGGAGAGAUGGCUCAGGGAAGGACGCCUUUCCGGUCGCUGUUUGUAUUGGGAGCUGGUCUUCUGCUUCUUUGCCAACAGCUCACCUUCACGGGGACACCAGGCGCAAAGAGGCAGACGGCACUUCGACGAAAUGCCGAGACUGAAAGUGCUGUGAUGACCGAGUCUGAACAGCUGCGGGCGGAGAAGAAGGCGGCGACCCUCGAGGCAAUUGAGCAGGCUGCGCAGCAGGAUGCACCAAUGGGCGAAGACUUGGGCAACUUUUGGGUGAAUCAGCCUGGCCAGCUGUCCUUCGAAGUCCAGUUCAAUCGUGGGGACAAGGUGAAGGACCUGAGGACGGUCAUCGAGAAGGUCACCGGGAUCCCUCCGGAUGCGCAGGAGAUCCGUGCGGGCGGAGACCUCCUCUGGAAAGACGGCGUCUUCCUCGAGGGCUUGGACCUGACCGACAUCUGGGUCAUGGACGACCGGGAUGACUCCCCAGAGCGAGGCGAGUGGAACCCCGAUCCGGAGGAGGACAUGGAUCCUCUCUCCAAUCCUUUGAAGAUUGCCAUUUACCUCUUCAGUGGCAUCAUUGGCAUCUUCUGGGUGACACAGAUCCUCGGCGUCAAUCCGUAUGGCAACUGGCCAGAAGGUCCUCGUGCAAACUGGGCUGAGGUGCCGGAAGAUCUCCGACCGGGUGCCGAGCCCUACCAGCGACCUCAAGCUCUUGAUGUUGACGAGAAGACGCAGAAGCAGCUUCUGGACGAGUGCGAUGCUAACGACGACUCCUGUGGUUUGUCGUUGAGGCAGCUUCGCGGUCAGGGCCUGGAGCAGUUGGAGCUCGAAGACUUUCUGGCCGGUGCAGACUUUGACGAGGAGGAGGCUGUGGAGGUGGCGAAUCAGACCGGUGGGGAAUAUUCGUUCUACGCAUAUCGUGCGAAGAAUGACAAAAACUACGAGGACACGAAUGUCAACAUGGCCAACCUUCCGGGUGUGAUGUGGUAUCUGCACAGCGAGGUUGUUGGACAUUGUCCUCGCAAAUUUGGGAUUGUCCGCAUUCUUCGCUACAAGAUCACCAUGAAGCCGACUCCGGAGCUCGAGCGGACGGGCCAUCCCUUCGCACAUCUCUGCCAUUUUGACAGCGGUGCCUGCACUGGUCCUCAGCAGAGCCUGGAUGAGUACCAGAAGUAUGGAUAUGUUGUCGGCUGUGACCGACCGAAUCACCAACAUGCUGCUUACAGACAGGCCACCUGGUACAGCUUUCCUGGCGAUUGUCCUUCUAAGACCUUCCAGCAAAAAGCCAGCUGCCAGGAGAAGGGGGGACUUUGCAAGCAUGGGGAGCCCUGGUCCAAAACCUGCACCUGGCGACGGGAGUACGCUGGUGAGAUCACCCUGGACGAGCUGACCCACAACUACCACUUCGAAGAGCGCUGCAAGAAGGGCUUCUACGAGUACAACGAAGCACUGGACCGCGGUCAGGGCACAAACUACUGGCACACACGCUCCAGCGAAGCAGUCUGCAACCGCCGGAUGAAGUGGCUGAAAGAAGUGCUCCAUAAGAAAGCUGGCGGCCCACGUCUCCCAGACCCUCCACAGUGCCCGUUCCGGCCUCGGGGCCAGGGCUCUACAAAGUCUGGUCAGUCACUGAUGUUUGUUUCCAGCCGCGGCGCUGGUGCUCUGAGGUUCGGAGACAGGGACCGCAGCUUGGCGCAAACAGGAGGACACAUCAAAUGGGGGGUUUCCUGCUCGAAGAUCCGCCUGAGGCUGACAUGGAGCCAAGAGCUGCACCGUCACCAAGUUUGCUUUAACGGGCUCUGCCCGGUCCCACAAGGUGACAAGGUCUUCCCGGAAACUAGCUGA